AUGGACUCACCUCAACAAAUCAUCCAACCUCUAGCGGGAAGCUCCCCCUCCGCUGCUGUCCUCGAGAAGGCCACGGAUCUCGCCAAGAGUGUGCCUGGCACUUCGUCUCUCGUCAAGAACCUGCCUGGGAUCCCUCGUACUGACCCUGCCAAGGAAAAGCGCUCUUCCACCUCAUUUGACCAGAAGGCGUUGGACCACAAGAUCCACGCCCAGCGCACUACGAUGGAGGGCGAAAUGGGCGCCAUCAUGUAUGCGGUCACGUUCUGCAACGAGGCUCUGCAUACCAUGGGUCCCCGCAUUGUGUCAAACGUUCGCUUCGGCACUUGUGCGGAGAACAUCCGUUUGAUCCCUCUGGUGCCCCCCGAAGAGAAGUGA